AUUAAAUGGUUUUUAUAUUAUAAAGCACUCUGUCUACAUGGCAGUUAUAACCAUUAUGCAAGUUUCAUCGGGUUAAAAUUUUUUUCCUUGUACAGUUUGCAUUACAUUACAUGAAAUGAAUCUUGCAGGUAGUUUUGUUGUUGUUGCCUGUUUUACACUUAAGGACCAGGAAUCACUGAGAAGGAAAAUUAUUUGCCCCAAUUCCCCCCUGACUGCCUUUGUGGGGUAAGAAGAAAAUGGAGUCCUCCUCCCUAGCUUUUCACCUUGGUUCUCAGGUAAUAAAUAUUCUAUCCACCGGACAUAAUUUCCAAGGUAACUCAUAUAAGGUACACCAUAGGCUUGCAAGAUUUUUUUUUUUCGUUUCUAAACAUUGCUUUAUCAGAUAAAUGCGGCAUCACAUAUUUGCAGUUGUGACCAUUUCCUUAUUGCUUCUGUCACUACCAUCAGCUUCCACCAUCUCUGUACCCUAGUGAUUUUGAGCCCUCCCUCUGUUUCUGGUCACUUAUAAGAAACUAGAGCUAGUCAAGGCUGGAGGAAGUGUUAGCAUUAUAGGGUAGAAAAAUUCUUUUUAAAAUUAAGAAUAAGUUCAAAUUAUUUUAAUGUGGGCUCUAUUCUCCAUAGCAUUUUUUAAAACUUAGGUUCAUUUCUUUUAAGCUGAUGCCAGCUCUAGAUAACAUCGUAAGUUAUAGUAGACUCUGGUUAGAGAAUAAUCUGGUGUACACUCAAGAACCAGAAUGAAAUAUCUGUCUGAAUUCUUGUAGACUUCCAAAGUAUUAAAUUUGGAAAAUAAUUGGUAAAGAGAAUGGUUGAUGUACUUAUAUCACAGGAGCAGAUAUGGAGGAAAAGAGGCUUGCCUGACUCUUGCCAUAUAGUGGCAAGCUAAUGCGGGUUGGUAUAUAUUCUCCUCUUCCCUAACACUCAUUCAUUCCUCCCCAGGUGGUGCUGCUACUGAAGGUGGAUGGACAGGCUUAAGAAUUUAUCAUAGCUGAGUUUUUUACUGUUUUGUCACUAUGAAUUUGAAAAUUGUGCUUACUUGAAUCUACUUUACGAAAGCAUUGAAAUUAAUCAUAUUCUAUUGGGAUAUAAAUUAAUCCCAGUGGGAUACAAAUUCAUAAGUGGUGAUUUCAUGUAAGCACUACUGGUCAACCCGUGGAGGCUAAUUUGGCUGAGUAGAUAGCACUCUGAGUGCCUCUUCAGGGAAUUGGGAUAUCACUGGUUCCUUUGGCACAAGGAUGCCAACUCAUGUUUGUUACUAAAUAGUUUGAGGUUGCUACAUUAGUGUUAGGGGAUUUGACUCAUAUCAAGGAAGAAGAAUUACCAUGACAAAUUCAGUGCAAACACUGUAGGUGUAUUCUGUAAGAGUGGGUUCUGCUUUGCUUUUUUGAAGAUAAAAGGGAUGCAUGUUCAAGUGUUCUUAGCUGGAAUAUGCUGUGUUCUUAGUUCGUAUUUGAGGCAUAGGUCUCCUAACAGGUUGUAUUGUUGGGGGUCAAUUGGAUGUAAAUUUCACAGCUACUUUUAUGUUGGCAGGUCAGAAGAGAUGCAAAUGAGAUAUUUAGCCUUUUUAGAACAGCAGAAGUAUUUUGUUAAAUUAGUAUGUGUAACUGAGAUAUGUCCCUUAUGAUUUAGACUUUAAUAAAAAAUAUACGAUAAAGAGCUUCCAAAACUCAUGACAGUCCUGGGUGAUGGUGUUACGCUUUCCAGGGGAGAUGUUAAGACUUUAACUCAUCUCUGGUUAGAUUCCAGCACUUUGUUUCCUUGAAUCAUUUUAGUGGCAUGCAUCUUAAGGGAACCCAAUGAAGAAAGCAACCACAGGACAGUCUGUAUUAAAUAAACCCCAUUUUGUACCUGGUCAAAGAAGUAAAAAGAUUUGCUUGUUAAAUUUCAAAGUUAAAGGAAUUGUUCCAGACCAUACACAUGAGGGUCAAAGUUGAGCAGAAGUUCAGAGCUGCUGCUUAUAAACCAUUGAGGGUCAGUGGUCCCUUUCCUUGGUGUGUUGACAUACAGGAAACCUAAGGGCUCUGAAAUUCUUUCUAACCACUUCUGAACUGCAGUGGAGAGCAAGCAUUCUUUGGAUAGUAUCAGAAUUCUAAAACUAAUCAAUAAUUUUGCAUAUUGAAAAAAUAUCCAUAUUCAGUUCUACAUACUAUUUGUACUCUCAUUUCCAGAAUAGUUUCAUGUUCCAUGCAGUAUGACAUUAUUUGAGGGAUUUUCCAAAAAAGAGCUGGGGAAUCUUCAGAUGACAGAAAUAUUGGCUUUGAGGAAGGAACUUUAGAAUUUAAAGAAUCCUGCCAUUCCGGUGCAGAAGUUGCAGGACAUCCAGAGAGCAAUGGAGCUGUUAUCGGCAUGCCAGGGCCCUGCCAGGAACAUCGGUGAGGCUGCCAAGCACAGAUACCAGUUUUGGGACACACAGCCAGUACCCAAGCUAAAUGAAGUGAUAACAUCCCAUGGUGCAAUCGAAGCAGAUAAAGACAACGUGCGUCAAGAACCAUAUUCCUUGCCACAGGGUUUUAUGUGGGACACUUUAGAUUUGGGUAAUGCUGAAGUGCUCAAGGAGUUGUACACCUUGUUAAACGAGAAUUACGUAGAGGACGACGACAACAUGUUCCGGUUUGACUACUCGCCCGCGUUCCUGCUGUGGGCUCUGCGUCCCCCGGGCUGGCUUCUUCAGUGGCACUGUGGAGUUAGAGUGUCUUCAAACAAAAAACUGGUAGGGUUCAUAAGUGCCAUCCCAGCAAACAUUCGGAUAUACGACAGUGUGAAGAAGAUGGUCGAAAUCAACUUCCUUUGUGUUCAUAAGAAAUUGAGAUCAAAACGGGUAGCCCCAGUGUUAAUUAGAGAAAUAACCAGAAGAGUGAACCUGGAAGGGAUUUUCCAGGCCGUUUAUACCGCUGGCGUGGUUCUUCCUAAGCCAGUGGCCACAUGCAGAUACUGGCAUCGAUCACUAAACCCCAGAAAAUUGGUAGAAGUGAAAUUUUCUCACUUGAGUAGAAAUAUGACUUUACAGAGAACAAUGAAGCUGUACAGACUUCCAGAUGUGACAAAGACUUCAGGCUUGAGACCAAUGGAACCAAAAGAUAUCAAAGCAGUUCGUGAAUUAACCAACAGUUACCUGAAGCAGUUUCAUCUCGCCCCGGUGAUGGAUGAAGAGGAAGUAGCCCACUGGUUCCUCCCCAAGGAGCACAUUAUUGACACAUUUGUAGUGGAGAACUCCAGUGGUAAACUUACUGACUUCCUGAGCUUCUACACACUCCCCUCCACAGUCAUGCACCACCCUGCUCACAAGAGCCUCAAAGCUGCCUACUCCUUCUACAACAUUCACACAGAGACACCUCUGCUCGACCUCAUGAAUGAUGCGCUCAUUAUAGCCAAAUUGAAAGGAUUCGAUGUUUUCAAUGCACUAGAUUUGAUGGAAAAUAAGACAUUCUUGGAAAAACUCAAGUUUGGUAUAGGAGAUGGCAAUUUACAGUAUUACUUGUACAAUUGGAGGUGUCCAGGAACAGAUUCUGAAAAGGUUGGACUUGUAUUACAAUAGGUGGAUGUUUCCAUUCCUAGAACUCUGACACUAUCCAUCAUUUGUUAAUAUUCUAUUUAAUGAUUCCUGGAACUGCCAUUCCAAAGAAUAAAAGCACAACUUAAGUGACAUCGAUGCAGCCAGUAAUAAUCAGAAAAGAUGAAAAAACAUCCCUAUGUGACCAGCACUACAUAUUUCUAGCUGGAACUUUCACAUUCUUCCUUUUUUUCAUUGUUUACACAUUUAAAGGAGGGAUGAAAGGGUACAACGAGCACAUUCCUCUAAUCAAACUUUUGACUGUCUCUUAAUGAAGAGAAGGUAUUUUUCCAUUCUCUAGAAAGGGACCAUUUUUAAUGGAUGGAACAGAAGUCACAGACUCAUGUUAGAAAAUGCUAAUGUGUGGAGAUAAACUGCUUCAUUUUUAUUUAUUAAGUGGUGAUCUGUUUGUCCGUGUAACCGAAAAAAGGACCCAUUUGGGAAAUUUUUCCUUCUAUCACUUUCCACUCUCACUGGGGACAUUUCUGGAAUCAGCACUUCCAUUACUCAAUGAUGAGUGGUGGGUGUUUAUGUGUAGAGCGAGAUAAAAAUGUACUGGUGAGUAGUACAUUUAUUUCUCCAGAAGCAAAGUUGCCAAAUCAAUAAACACACAAAUGUGUGCUUUAAUUUUCAACAGCAAAGCUUUGUGCAAACAUGAACUGUGUUCUCUGAGAGUGUGCACCCAGGACUGAUGAGACUUUGCUGCUGCUGCACAAACUUAUUUCUUCUCAGCAACAGCAAGGAUGUGCAAGGAAAAGAAAAUGAAAGCGCUAAAGUAAAAGAAAAUGCCCAGUGGAAUUUAUUAGUACUAUCAGGAUAUUGAUAGUUUGAAUGUUUUCAUUACUUAUGCAAAAUUGCACAUAUUCCUUUAUGCGGACUUUAAUUUAUCAUGAAAGCUGUCAUGCUAAUCAAAAAUGUCUUAUUUGUAAAUAAGUAUUCAUAAUUUUGUUAUGGAUGGUGUUUUUAUCUAAAAUUUGAAAAAACAAGUUUCACAGUGUACAUAUAUGUAUAUAUUGCCAAUAGUCCAAGGGGAAAAAAGAUGCCAAAUGAGGCCACAUAAACUGGCCUUGACUCUGAUUCCACAAAGUAGAUACUUCUUCCUCCCCCCUUCUUCCAGUGCCUAGGCUGUUCAGUCCAGAAAAAUUUAACAACGCGAUGGCUUUUCCUUUUUAAGUAGGCAAAUGAAACCAGCCCUGUCUUAUACCAGGCAGGCGGCAGCAAACUAUGGCCCAUCAGCUAAAUCCAGCCCAUUGCCUGUUUUUGUCCAGCCCACAAGCUAAGGAUGGUUUUUACAUUUUUGAGUGGUUAGAGGAAAAUAACAUUUUGUGACAUAAGAAAAUUGUAUGAAAUUCAAAUUUCAGCAUCCAUAAGUUUUAUUGGAACACAGCCACACUCCUUCAUUUAUGUACUGCCUAUGGCUGCUUCAUGCUACAGAAGACAGAGUUGUUUCAAUAGAGAUUAUAUGAACCAAAAAGCCUAACAUAUUUGCUAUCUGGCCCUUACAGAAAAUGUGAUCCUGAUUUACACUAAGGAGCUGAAAGCCACCUUCUGCAGUUUGCCAUUAUCCUAAAGACCAACCCAGGGCUUGUGGUAUCCCUGAGAAUACAGGUAGAGGGUGUGUGUGUGGGCUCCACAGUAUACUUAGGACAGCACUGUGUACUUUCUUGGACACAGGGAAAGCUUCUCAUUUAAGAUGAUUGAACCCAAUGGUAUUUCUUAACAGAAGAUGAAAACUUCAAGAAGCAAAAUUGAACCAAUUCACUGAAACUUUUUUCAGACACCAGCAUUAAAUAAGUGAGAUUUUAAUCUGGAGCCAAGGUUCAGUUGGGAAUUAUGUUCCAUUUCAUUUUUAUAGCAGAGUCUUUCAAAUAAUUGCAGAAUAGCCAGUUAGAAAUUUUGUCACAAGCUAAAUUCCAAUUGUUAUAGAAAUCUUAUUUUUUCUCAUUUAAAAAUAACUAGCACAUUUGCCUCUAUAAUUUAAGAUUAUCAACGAGCAUUUAAAAAUAAUCAGUAAAACUGCUUGUGUUUAUUAAGCUGCUGGUAGAGCUAAAUUUCAAUGUAGUAUACAGUGUUUUAUGUAUUUCAAAAACCAUACAUUUGCCCUACACCCUUUGUCAAUAAUGAAAAUGCUCUUUUUCAUGAGGAUCUUUUAUUUGGCCAGGAUGGCAUUCAGUAAAAUUUAAGUGAGUGGAGGUGGCAUAAUCCAUGCAUCAACCAGAAUUUAAGUUGAAAAUAAACUUUGGCCACUCUUCCAAAAGAAAAAGUUUCCAAACAUACUAUAAGUAGCAGACACUUUAACAUAACCACAGUAUGUUGAUUAUGCUCCAUUUCCUAACAUGAAGGAUGCCCAUCAUUGCACAGACCCACCUCUGAGAAUCCAAUCUCCUUUUAUUUUCUUCUUGCCUCAUUUCACCUAAUUACCAUCACACUUUUUAUACACGCUAAGUUUCCAAGGAAAUGUUAACCAUGUAAAGGGGUGAAUUCUAACUAAUCAAAAGACCUUAUCUGGCUUUUCUUAGAAGUAUCAAGCCUUUGUCCCAAGCCCAUGCUUAGACCUAACCUAAAGAAAGUCAAAUCGGAGGAAGUAAAAAGUGAUGUAUUGUAUCUGAAGACAAUGUAUUGCUUAGCAUUUAGUAUCUUUCCUUUAAAACUGAUGACGUAUCUGCAAUCCAGUUUCAUCUACUCUACUAACUAGAACCAUGUUUACUGUGGUACAUUUUCCAAGUUUGAGAGAAAGAUGUUAAGUGCUGUAGGAUACAGAUGUUCUUGCUCACAAGCAUUGUACCAACCUUUUAGAAAGUGAAUUUACACAAGCAUGGACAUUAGUUUCAAUAAACUUUUGAUAUGCAUACUUCUGAA